GGUGUGUGAAGGUGCAUAAGUAGGCAGCAGGAACAGCAGCGUUCACACUGUAACCAGGAACAGCUUUGCACCCUGGCAGGCUUCUGGAAGAGUAAACAAGGAGCAGUCAUGGAGAAGAGUUGCAUGUCCGUGUUCCUGCUGCUGGUUGCUGUCUCCUGUGCUCUGGCAAAGGAUGUGGGCAAGAAGGAAACAAAGGAGACUACUGCUAAACCAAAACUGCCUCAGACACUCUCCAGAGGCUGGGGAGACCAGCUUAUCUGGACACAGACGUACGAGGAAGCCCUCUUCCGUGCCAAGAACAGCAACAAACCCUUGAUGAUUAUCCACCAUCUGGAUGACUGCCCGCACAGCCAAGCCCUCAAGAAGGCCUUUGCUGAAAAUAAAGAAAUACAGAAACUGGCUGAAAAAUUCAUUCUCCUGAACCUUGUGUAUGAAACCACAGACAAGAAUCUUUCACCUGAUGGCCAGUAUGUCCCUCGGAUUUUAUUCAUAGAUCCUUCCCUGACUGUGAGAGCAGAUAUUACUGGAAGAUACUCAAACCGUCUCUAUGCAUACGAGCCCUCUGACACUGCAUUGUUGUACUCAAACAUGCAGAAAGCACUGAAGCUCCUGAAGACUGAGCUGUAAGGGGAAAAAAGGAAGCCCUGCAAUACUAUGAAGUCUGAUCUUCCAACUCUUCUCCAUUCAUUGCCACUGGUGAAGAGACUAUAUUCAGUGAUGUUUAGUGAUGUAUAGUGCUGGUUCAUAUACAUGAACACUACAGUUUUACAUUAGCACUUUUGUACUGAGCAACAUUUUUAAGAGCUGAAGGCUUUUAAUUUAAGGCAUAUGGAAGAAUACUGUAUGGUCCAAAUGUAAAAAUGAUUUUUUUAAAAAUAAAUCCAUUAUCAAGUGUUUACAUACAAAAUAUUGCUGCAUUUUGUAUUUUUUCCUUAUUAUUCUUUACCGUUAACAGAAAGAGUAAAAUCACUGCAUCACUUGAGACCACAGACUGCAACUUUACAUCUAAGGACUUCAGAAAGAAAAGGGCUGCUGUGGGUUAACUCCGGCCAGCAGCACAGACCCAAACAGGCACUCACUCACCUCCCUCUAGAGGUAUGGGAGAGAGAAUCAAAAGGGUAAAAGUGAGAAUACUUAUGUGUUGAGAUAAAGAUGGUUUAAUAGGUAAAGCAAAAACUGUACCCACAAGCAAAACAAGGAAGUCAUUCACUAUUUCCCAUUGGCAGGCAGGAAAAGCAGGGCCCCAUCACAGGGAACAGUUACUUGGGAAGGCAAAUACCAUAACUCCAAAAGUUCUCCCUUCCUCCUUCCAUGAGCUUUUUUGGUGACCAUGACAUUAUAUGGUAUGGAAUAUCCCUUUGGUCACUUGGGGUCAGCUGUCCCAGUUGUGUCUCCUCUCAGCUUCUCCUGCACCACUAAGCCUGGCAGGAUAGUGUGAGGAACAGCAAAGCCCUUGAUGCUGUGUAAGUAUCAGCAAUAACUAAAACACACUUGUGUUACCAACACUGUUUUGUUGAGAAAUUCAAAACAUAGCACCAUGCAAACUGCUAUGAAGAAAACUAACUCUACCAACCCAAACUCAGUACAGGAAAACAGCUCUUUAUCUUGUUUCAUCAGCUAGCUAAGCUCCGUAUUCCUCAGCGUGCUUUAUCUUCCUUUAUUUUCCCCCAGCAUCAACCCACAUAGAGCUCUCAUUAUCAGCCCUUUCUUUACAGUUAUGUGACAAGAAGUGCAAAACUCUUACAGAAAAGUACUUGAAAUUAGAAGAUGGGAAGGUUUACAUAUGGGGCUUUUUUUGUUUUUUAGACUGACUGAAUUCUGAAGUGCCCCAAGGAUCCCCUUAUCAAUCCAAAGAUUGGUUUUUUUAAAGAUAAAAAUUGCUUCCCUUAAAAAAAUUCCUUCUUACACUGGAAUUCAGUAAAGCUUUGAGAGGAUUAAUAGCAGCGAUACCAGAUUGAGUAUAUGGUUGGUUUCAUGAUUGCAUUACAGCUUGUGAUUGCUUUACAAGUCUAAAAAGGACAAGAGAAGUAAGAACUAAAAAAAACCUGGUAGCUGAACAUCAUGGGAGUACACAUCACCUCAAGACUUAGGCCAAAAGGAGACUUUCCAACCUCAAAUAUCUAAGAAUCAAGAAGUAGCAACAGCAUAAAACACUUUGCCAGGACUAUAUCUGUGCUAUCUUCUCAGCCUUUUGGCAAUGUCAGCCAUUACUACCACUACUAUUACCAUUACUACCACUUCCAGUCAUUAUGAUAACCACAAGAGAAGAAUACCCUUGGAGGGUAGGACAGGUAAGAGAAGCAAGGCUUCCAGCUCAGGGGAAUUCCUCAGCAAAAGUAGAAGCAAGGCGCCUGCUAACAUGUCUUUGGCAACCUAUGUGAACCCCACCAACCAGAACAUCUUAAGCAGUAUUUGGAAAUGGCCCCAAACAUGCAAGUGAGUAUUCCUUCAGCAGUUCAGUAACGAACAGAGACAGAGGAAAAAAAGGACGUGGUGGGCACAGAAACAUUCUCUCUAAGCAGCCAUCAUCCACAAAAAGCAAAAAAGGUGGUUACACCACUAAGUAGGACAGCACAGACGGAGGCUGGAGAAAUUCAUUUUGAGAACCAAAGAAAGACCUGAGGUACCCUUGCUAAGAGCUGUGUAUCUGACAUGUGAAAGGAGGCAGAUGCUGUGCAGUGGUAUCAAUAUGUUAGUUAAGAUCUGGAUUCGCUUUCUCACAGAUGCAGAAGAAUUACUUGAUCAUUUCAUAGCCAGUUGUUUUUAUGUGACAAAAAUGCGUAGCUGUCUUGAAGGCUGACAAGACAUCUUUCUACAUUUUUCCAGAAUAACCAACUUAAAGAAAGCAUUUCAACAUAACUAAGGUCAUAAGACAACUAAUGCGAGCACUAAGAAUGCUCCAAGUGAAACCGCUUUGUUAUUUUGAUACUCUGCUGCUGUAAAUUUGUUCUAUAAAAUCUGGUU